GGCGCGAAUAUGAGUUGGAAACAGAAGUUGUUACCGUUGCCUGUUGUCUUUUUCGCCCAUUUUUUGCUAUUUAAGUCUUGUAUGUAUUAAUCCCAGUGCAGAAUGAAGUUAAAUCCCAGCUAUGAGCCCAACUACUUUUCCCUAGAAGACAUUUGCGCAACAAACUCGACUGUGCCGUGCAGGGUAGAGAUAAUGAUCCCUAACCUGGGGGAAAUGGACCGCGGGUCGCAUUCAGAGCAUCUGGAAACAGGUCGCCGGCUAGAGCUGCCACUGUGGAUGGCUUUCAACUUGGUGAAGAGGCACUUGGUCAAAGCUGACUGCAGCAAAGCGUACUCUCAAUCAGCCAGGGAAAUCCUCAAGGCAGAGCCAGCCGUCGUCGACCUGAUGAAGCAAGAGCCCUUUUACUACGAGUCCGGUGUUCACGUAGCCUCGCUUCUUGAACCCGAAGAGGCGAACGAUCUUCGGAAGGUUCUGCAGAACACAUUUCAGACAAGGAGCAAGGACGUGAUUAGCCUGUCGCAGGCGGAACUGUCUAAGGAGGUCAUCGUCAGGGAGCAGCUGCUUAGCAAGGAGGAGAAGACGCUGAUGCUGGAGAGCAGAGUCAAGUGGGCUGAAGUCGAGCACUGGCUUUCUGGUAAACUAACUUCAAGGGAGCUGGCUGCAGUCUCAGUCUCCAACUACCUCAAGAGGAAACGCCCCCGUGACGACGCAGAAUAGCUUAAAAAGUCAACUAUUAACAGAUAAGGCGCUUUAAAUUUUAAACUCUUAAAGUUUCUAGUACAAAUAUAAUGAAAUUUAUUAUUUGCUUAAUGCACAAUAGAAAAAAACUGGCUCAACGAACAAAGAGUUGCCAUUUAAAUUUUCAAAGGAACCAACUUUUUGUAUUUCACUCAUUAAUUGUGGCUAAAAUUCCUUUGCUUAUAUAUAGGAGGUUUCUUAUUUUCACCUACCUUGUCUAAACUUAAACUGCCAAACACAAUUUUACUGUUAAAUUUUAGUUGUUCAACCCUCAUAAUAUCACUAACAAUAAGAUUUUGUUUUGAAUUUUCUCAAAGUGGAUGUUCUUGUGAUAAGUAAUUAAAUAUCAAUAUUUUUGAACGUUUCAAUUUUUUGUCCAACUCCAAUCAUUCCCAUGGAUCAUUAUAGGUUUUAGAUAAAGAAUACAAGUUCAUUUUAUGUUUUUUAAGUAUAUUGCUACGGGGACGGGUUUAUUUUGAGGCAAAUUACAAAAAUAAUUUAAGCGUGUGUUGUGCGUGUACGUCGUCAGUUGGUUGUUGCCGGGUGGUUCAGUCGAGGUUGGUUUAACGGUAGUAAUAGGCGUAGGGGUAGGCUCCGUAGCUGUAAGCAGAAGCAGCAUAGGGGUAGGUGGCGGCGUAGGGGUAGGCGGCAGCGGCGACGGCAGGCACGGCAGCAGCAGAGUAGGCUGAGUAGGCGUAGGGAGCGGCAACAUACACCUGCUCAGAACCCUUAAGGUCCUUCUCGGCGGGGGCGGCGAAGGCGGCCACGAUCAGGCACAUCAGAGCAAC